AAUAGUUCGAGUCACUGACUGAUGAACUGCAUGGUUGCCAUUACAGAUAUACAAAUCACGAUGGGCUGUAUGAAGUCAAUUGUGGUAAAAUUGUGGAUUAUGGAUGUGUACAUAUAGAAAUGCAUGUAACACGGAAAAUGUUUUUCAAAAAUAACAUUGAGCUGUGACUACUAUUACAUUCAUGUUCAAAUAGCCAGUCUGAAUCCGAUUCCCUAGUUCAGGGGCAAAUAACUUAUCUAAAGCCAAUUCAGUAGAUAUAAUGCCAUGGAUUUAUAAAGGUCCAUGAUAAUACUAAAGUAAGAAACAGUUGGCCAAGGAGUAAUUUGCCCUUGAAGUAGGGAAUCGGAUUCAGACAGUUUAAACAUAAACGUAAUAGACUAUUGGCAUUAUACUUAGUCACAGUUUAAUGUUAUUUUUGAAAGAGAGCUUCCAUGUUUAUUCUUUAAGUGGCAUUUAGCGAUCAGGGAACAAAUUAACUGUGUUCUGUUAGCUUCCAUGUUACAGGCACCUGUGAACAUAUAUACAAGACUGUCAAAUUCCUCUAUUUUUAUUUUCAAUUUUAACUACUGCUUGACUGUUAUUCGUGUAGAAGAUUUAAAAAAUCACGUGAAAUUGUCUUUCUAUUCACUGGGCUUUAACAUUGUUUUGAUUCAAUUUUAUGAAUAUCAGUUUUGAUACUAUAUGGUGCUAAUUAAAAUAUUCAAUGAGAAAUCAAUUUAUAUAAUAUAAUAUACAGAAGUGUUUUAUAUUGUGGGCAUUAUUGUUACUAAUAAUAUUUCUGAUUAAAAUUGGUUAUUAAACUGAUAUGUUAUGUCACUGUUAUUUAAAAAUGAAAUUCUGUUAUUUAAAAAGGUAUUAAUUGUGUUUAUUGAAAUGAAUCCUUGUGUUGUUAGAAGGAACCAUAAUAUUCAACUGAUGACAUACUUAUUAUUUUUAACUUGCAACUGCAUUCUAUUUUAUUUUGUGUGUAAUUAUAGUGUUCUUCCUAUAUUCUACUUGUAUAAUGUAUAUGUUUUGUAGUUUGGGAGUGACUUAUCAAACUUUCCACUUUAAAAUGCUAUUGCAUUUCUAAUGAUUUUAAAUUUAUCCUGAUAUUACAUGUAUAUAUGUCUUUGUAGUUUAGGAGGGACCUAUGGAAGACUAGGUUUUUUUUUUUUGCAAACUAAAUACGUUGCCUCAUUAAAUAAAGUUUUUAUUAUUAUUAUUAUUAUUGGUAUGCAAAAUAUACCUGAACAGUUAAACUUCUUUAUGUAAGUAUACAGAGAGAAAUGGGAUUUAACUUCCACUCAGCACAAACUAGGUCAUUUCAGGAAUAACACGGUUCAAUGUUAUUUCAAUAAUUCACGUAGAUGUAUACUAGGGGUCUUCAGCUGUGAGAAGAAAUCAGAGGUCCUGAGAAAACCCACAAGGUUGCACAGUCGACUGAUCUCCAUUGAAGUGAAAUUGCUUGACUCAAUGACAUAUCUGAUGAUCUAAAGCAUGUGCCUUAGAGGAUUCGGUCACCUGAACCCUCAUGUAAAUGUACAAGGGCUCACAUAUGUCAAUAUACAAGGACUUAAACAUUUGUAAAUAUACAAUGGCUUUCACAUUUAUAUUAAAGAUAAGCAGAGAUUGAGUAAAUCAAUUUAUCAAUAUAUUAUUGUCAUUUACAUUCGGGAACACAGACAUGCCCAUCCACUAAUCAUCUGAAAAUCAAUAUUUAACAAGGAGAGAAUUAUAGCAGUUCAGGAGGAAUUUGAAAAGAAGAAAUGUUAUGUAUAUCUUUUUACGCUUUAUCAUGGGUAUUCACAUAGCAGAAUCAAUUAUCAAAACUACAAUACAUAUAUUUACAUUCUGUUUUAAAGUCCUUUAUUUAAGGUAGGAACUUGGAACAGCAAUUACAACUGGCAAACUACUAGGUAAAACACUGCAGCAUAAUUACCCUCCAUAUAUUAUGUAUUUUUGGUAAAGGUCAUACAGUGAAAUUCUGUGAUAUGAUAUCAGCCUACUUGGUUGGUUAUAGACUAGCCGACAGGAUUUCUGAUGUAAACAGGUAAGAGGCUGGCUCACUAAGCAGGAGGUCCCGAGUUUAAUCCUGGUGUUAGCUGAGAAAGUUCCAUGGUAUAUUUAAGCGUGGUUCCCUACAUGUAUAGUCAGUUUCUCAUCAUUCGAACAGGACAAAAAUGAGAUCCUGUGUAUAUGAUGGAUUGCACGUAAAAGAAACCUUGACAGUUGUCAAGUAACCAGUCUAAUUUGUAUAUUAUAUGUAUGUAUUUUUCUUACAGAAAGUUUGGUGUUGCAUUAGACUUAGGUUGUGGUCGAGGUCAUGUAUCAAAACAUAUUUAUAGUGAUAUGGUGUCAACUUUGUAUCAGUGUGAACUAGCUGAUCAAGUUUUAAAACAGAGUGAAAUAUCUCCAGAAGUACCAACAUAUAAAAUUAUAGCUGAUGAAGAAUUUAUACCUUUUAAAGAAAAAUCUUUAAAUCUUGUUGUUAGUAGUUUAAGUUUACACUGGGUUAAUGAUUUACCAGGUUGUUUUCGACAGGUCUACAAUUGUUUAAAGAAUGAUGGUGCUUUCAUUGGUUCUAUGUUUGGAGGAGAGACAUUAUACGAACUCAGGGUUUCUUUACAAUUAGCAGAACAAGAGAGAGAAGGGGGAUUUGCUGCUCAUAUUUCACCUUUUACAGAGAUCCGAGAUUUGGGUAAUUUAUUAAACAGGGCAGGAUUUAAUUUAUUAACUAUAGAUGUAGAUGAAGUUGUUAUUAAUUAUCCAUCUACGUAUGAACUGAUGUAUGAUUUAAAAGGUAUGGGAGAAAAUAAUUGUUCAUGGUCAAGAAAGCCACAAUUACAUAGAGAUACAAUGACAGCUGCUAGUGCUAUUUAUAAUGAAAUGUAUGGAAAUGAACAUGGAGUACCAGCUACAUAUCAGAUAUUAUAUUUUAUUGGUUGGAAACCAGAUCCAACACAGCCUAAAGCAGCAGCACGUGGAUCAGGUCAAGUUUCAUUGAAAAAUAUUGAUAAAUUAGAUGAACUUUCCAAACAAAUAGAAGAAGCACGAAAAAAUAUCCCCAAAGAUCCAAAUGACAACUCAGAUAAUUCUCAGGAUCCAAAAAAAUAAUAAAACUGAAUGUGUGUGAUGAUUAAUUAAUCAUGAAAAUACAACUAAAAUAUUUUAGCCAAGGAACCUUGCCAAAUGAGAAAUGGUAUCGGGUGUUUUAGGAAGAGUAAGCACAAUCUGUCUUGUGUAUCUAUGUUAUGAAGACUUCAAAGUGGAAUGGUACAUUUAUAUGUAUGAUACAGUGCAUUUCUGUGUGCAAUACAGACUAACUACUCAAGAAAAGACAGAACAUAUAGUACAUUAAUAUGACACAGUAAAUUCAAAUCAUCAAAGUGAAUUCAGCAGUAAGCUAUACGAACCUCCAGACAUCAUCCUUACAAUGAUUGUAUAGAGUAGAAAAUUAAAAAAAAAAAUAGUCAGAAAA